GAAGAAGAUGAGCAGAGGUGCAGAGGUCAAGUAGCGAAGGUGGAGGCGGAGGAGUGGUCAUGGCGUGAGAUGAAGCUGCGUGCGCAUGGCACUGAUACGCAGAGGACUAUUAUAAAGGAGGCUCAUCUCCUCGAACUGAUGGCGCCCCUGUGGAGGUGAUGUUAGCUGAGUUUAAAACUGAAAUUUAGGCUUGAAAUGGGUUGGGGCAAACCGGACCGGUUUGGGCCGGGGAACCAAAGCCUGCCCUAACCCAAUUUAUCCCGCUGGGCCGGGCCUUAGCGGCAGCUGCGAGCUGGCCUGAGUUACCUUUUCAAGCUGGCUACCGUUACAAAGUCCCGCAAUUUCUUUUCUUUCAAUUUCUCUCCCGCACUUACCGUUGGAAAAUUCCAGGCCCUGCUCAUCGCUCCCCGCAAUCUCUCUCCCUCGCUCCCCUGCAAUCGAUCCCCGCAAUCGAUCAUCGAUGGCUGACCCCCUUUCGGUUCUCCUCCUUGCACGCCUCUCCAGAGGGUCUUUGAAUUCUUGCCCUCAACAGGUGCAGUUUCUUCAAAGAUGGGAAAAUUUGGACAGAUUCAUUCCAAACAGAUCAGCAAUGGACUUCGACUUUGCCCAUUACAUGUUGACUGAAAGGGGGAAAGGCAAAGAGAACCAAAGUGUUGUCAGGUCUCAAUCCAAAGAGGCCUACUUGAAACUACUGGCUGAGACAUUCAACAUGAAUCGCUCUCGCAUCCUCGCCUUUAAGAACAAACCACCUACUCCAGUAAAAUUGAUACCAGAUGAAUUCUAUUCUUCUGUUCAUCAAUCCAAGCCCUCAAAGCCUCUGCGGCGUAUUCCUCAGACUCCUGAGAGGACAUUGGAUGCUCCUGAUAUUAUAGAUGAUUUUUGCUUGAACUUAAUGGAUUGGGGUAGCAGCAAUGUUCUUGCACUUGCUCUUCAAAACACCGUAUAUUUGUGGGAUGCUUCAAAUGGUUCUGCCUCAGAGCUUGUCACUGUUGAUGAUGAGAAUGGCCCUGUUACAAGUGUGAGUUGGGCUGCUGAUGGACAAUAUAUUGCCAUUGGCUUGAAGAGUUCUGAUGUUCAGCUAUGGGAUUCUACAGCUAAUCGACUGCUGAGGACUCUGAGAGGUGGCCACCAAUCACGAGUUGGUUCUCUAGAUUGGAAAAACCACAUCCUUACAACUGGGGGAAUGGAUGGUCAGAUCAUUAACAAUGAUGUGAGAGUGCACUCGCACAUUGUGGCAACUUUUAGAGGACACCGGCAAGAGGUUUGUGGACUGAAAUGGUCUACCUCUGGCCAACAGUUAGCGAGUGGAGGAAAUGACAAUUUACUCUACAUCUGGGAUAGGUCGAUGGCCUCUAUGCAUUCACGUUCUCAGUGGCUUCACAGGCUUGAGGAUCACACUGCUGCAGUAAAAGCGCUUGCUUGGUGCCCUUUUCAGCGCAAUUUGCUGGCUUCUGGAGGAGGUGGGAGUGAUGGUUGCAUAAAGUUUUGGAACACCCACACUAGUGCAUGCUUGAACUCAGUGGACACUGGCUCACAGGUUUGUGCUCUGCUGUGGAACAAGAACGAGCGUGAGUUGCUUAGCUCCCACGGCUUUAUGCAGAAUCAAAUGACCCUCUGGAUGUAUCCAUCAAUGGUGAAGAUUGCUGAGCUUACUGGUCAUACAUCCAGAGUUCUUUUCAUGGCUCAGAGUCCAGAUGGGCGUACAGUGGCAACUGCUGCAGGAGAUGAGACUCUCAAGUUCUGGAAUGCUUUUGGCACGCCAGAAGUGAAAAAGGCUGCACCAAAAGCAGAGCAUCCUGGGCCAUUUCCUCAUUUAAGGAGAAUCCGUUAGGGUUUCUUUUGGGUAUUAGGAUGUAUCAGGGAAAGAAGAAAAUAUGUUUUUAAGCUUGAUAAAAUCUCUCCAUAUUCUUUCUUCAACUUAAAUUACCAAUUUUAAUCAUAUUAGAUUUUCUUUCACAUUUUUCAUCCAAGCCAAACACAAAAUUGUGAUUUUUCUUUUUUCCUUAGCACUUUCUUGAAAUAGGAGAUUUCCCUAAUUUUGAUUUUGAGUCUCUUUCUUUGUUCUCCUACUUUAUUUCUAAAUUAGAGUUUGUUAAACAAAUUUUUUUAAUUGAUUUUUUUGUUUUAUUUAUGAAAUAUUUAUUUUGAUUUCUGGACCUUUUUUUUUGUUUUUCCGAUUCUGAGUCUAGGUUUUCCUUUGAUUUGUAAUAGGGUUUUUGAUUUUUGAUACAAUUGUUUUGAUUUUUGAAACUGGGGGUGCAUGGGAGGGGUGAUUCCCUAAAUUUGAUUUUUGAGUUUAGCGUUUUUCUUUUUCAAUUUAUUUUGUGAAUUAGGGUUUUGAUAAAUAGAUUUUUGUAACAAAUAAAAAUAAAAAAAUUUAGAAUGGGGGUAUUUUGUUUUUAUGAUAUUCAUUUGUUCUUGGUUUGAUCUCCAAAACAAUUAUUUUGAUUUUUGAAUAAUCUUUCAGAUUCUUUCCAAGAAUGGGAAAAUUGGCAAUGGAGAAGGAACAGAUUGAGAUAGUAAAGCCUUGCGCAAACACAUGAGAGUAAAGAAUAGUUGUUUUCCAGAACACUCUUGAUGUCCUCCUCAUCAACGAUACUGAUACUGGUAAGGUUACUCUUUCCAUUCUUUAUUUUUUUUUUUUAUUGUUUUUAUUGGAUGAAAUGGUGAGAGAAUCGGUUUUGUUGUUGGUUGUGUUGUUUGUUUUAACUUUUUUUCAUUUGGUGGCUUCCACGGACAUGAGCAUCGGUUCCUUUAGCGAUCUUGAGGGCCUCCCAGGCCUCAUGUGAGAGAACAGGGACAUUACCUUACGAAAUAUUUCAUAUUCUGAUCCAUUCAUAAUCUGUUUGGUUGCUAAGAAAAAGGUAAGAAAGGAAAAAUUAUAAACUGCCUCUCCUCCCCUGUUUCUCAAAAGGCAGUAUUUUGUUUGUUUAGCAUCAUCAUCCUUACUUUUCAUUGCAUUCUUCUGCACAACAUUUUGAAAUUAUUCUUUUGCUUUUCAAGUAAAGCAGCCUUAUAUAGUGCUACUCUAGGCUCAUAACUUUAUAUAAAAGCCCAAGUUCUUUUCAAAACCCUUUGUUGGGCCUUAAUUCAUUAAGACAUAUUCAUCCUUCUUUCCCUAUUCAACAAUGGAAAUUUUCAGUUAAAAUAGCUACAAGAUUAUUAGGAGGAUAAUAUUUCUCCCAAUUAUUUUUACCAACAAAUAUCUUGUUGCUUCAAGGCCUUUGAAAGUGGGGGCAGUAGGUUCAUAAUAGUAAUAUAUCAGUGUUUCAUUCCACCUUCUAGACAUUCUUAAUGUACUCGAGUUGACAACACCAACAAUGGAGGUAGUCAUGAGUGAGAAGUGAGAAUGAUUAAGAAACUUGCUUUUAGUAUGAUGCAACAAGCAGUAUGAACUGACAUCUUUUAUGGUGUGUAUUCUGCAUUUUAAGAGCAUGUUGCAUGUUAGCUAGAAAAUGAAUAUCACGGUUGUGUAUUUCAUAAAAUUUAAUAGCACAUUUCAAAGAAGAUAAUGCAUCUUUUUAGAAAGCUAUACUCCAAGCCCCCAGGCGACUUUUGGAGAAUAAAAGGUUUCGAUUGGUCUCUCAUAUCAGGAGAGAGUGUUUCUUGGCUGGACUGCCCCUUCUCAGAAGAGGAAGUACAUUUUGCCAUUUUUCAGUUGGAUAACGAAAAAGCCCUCGGGCUAGAUGGUUUCACCAUUGCAAUUUGUUAGAAGUGUUGGGAUGUGAUAAAUAGGGAAAGUACAAGGCGUGGAGCUUUAGAAAGAAUGACUCCACCUACAUAAGACCACAAUCAUUGAGCUGCCUAGAAAAGUGGGAACUCAAAUCACCCCAUUCCCUCACUUGUCCCCAUGUGUAUGCUACCCAACUAUCUUUGUUUGAAGCUAUAAACUUAGGAAGGCUUCUUCCAAGGGUAAAUCGUCGCACCAAAUAUCUUUUCAAAAUUUUAUCCUUUUCUCAUUCCU